ACCAGAUGCGCUUCUGUGUCAACUAUUUUCCUGUUAAAAUAAAUAAAUCACAUAUACUCGAAAAUCUAUUAAGGAAUGGAGUCGGUGAAAGUGAGAGUGAAGAAAGAAUGAGGAUCGUAGGAUUGACCGGCGGCAUAGCGUCAGGGAAGACUACGGUCUCUAAUCUUUUCAAAUCCCACGGUAUAUCCGUCGUCGACGCUGAUCUUGUCGCUCGUGACGUUUUGAAGAAAGGUACCGGUGGUUAUAGUAAGGUUGUUGCUGCAUUUGGAGGUGAAAUUUUGCAAGCUAAUGGAGAAGUUGAUAGGGCAAAACUUGGCCGCAUUGUGUUCUCUGAUCCUGCUAAACGGCAACUUCUUAAUCGGCUGUUGGCUCCUUACAUUUCCACUGGUAUCUUUUAUGAGAUUAUGAAGCUAUGGUUGAAGGGUUGUCAAGUAAUUGUCCUUGAUAUCCCAUUGUUGUUCGAGGCCAAGAUGGAUAAAUGGACAAAGCCGAUUAUUGUUGUGUGGGUUGACACUGAAACGCAGCUUCGGCGACUCAUGGAAAGAGACAACAGCAGCGAGGAGGAUGCUAGAAAUAGGAUAAAUGCUCAGAUGGAUUUGGAUUUAAAACGAACUAAAGCUGACAUUGUUAUUGAUAACACUAGCUCAUUGGAGGAGUUGGAAAUCCAGUUCCGGAAGGUACUCUUUCAGGUUACGAGACCAUUGACAUGGAAUGAAUUCUGGCUUUCGAGAAAAGGGGCCUUCACGGCUCUGAUUUCCAUUACGAUUGGAGUUCUUUUGGGCAAAAAAGUUUAUGGAACCUCACAAAGCUGAACCUCAAAUUUGUAGUGCUUCGCUCUCGCACUGUCAUGCAUAUCGUGAGGCUUUUGUCUGUGUUGGCACUUUAGCUAUUUGUACUUCAUGCCAAUUUAGAAUUUGAGUUAUUCUUAGAACAUGAUAUACACAGUUGUUAUUCUUAGAAUAUGAUAUACACUGAUGUAAUGUGUUUCUAUCCAUUUUGAACGGAAACUUCAGAAGUUUCUUCUCUUUUUGAAAAUAAAAGUGAAACGUAAAUCGAUUUACAAACUUAA